UCUGGGCAGGGCAGGCUCAGAGUCUCCUCCUACUCCUCCACCUCCUCAUUCACUUCCUCCUCUCAUUCUCACAGAAACCAAACACAGAAAAAGAGAGGCUUGCCAUUAGAGUCCAUUUAGCUCAUCUUCUGCCUCCUGGAGUUAUCCUUUUCUUUUGUUUUUGGGAGAAGUUUGCACACUCCUGUGCUUCCAUCUGUUUCCCCUGAGCACACCUGCCGGGCCUCCACAGGUGGACUAUGCCCCCCUCAGCCAGCUGAGGGAGGGGGCUUGACACCGCUCCCAUCUGGAGAAGGCAGGAGCUGAUUCCAAACACGAGACUGGUUCUUCCUGAAGAUGUCUUCAUCUGUCCCCAUUCCCACCACAACCACAGCUGCUCCAAACACAACCGCCGUCACUAAGUCCCAAGAACAAAUCCUCAUCCAGAGCUCCGGGGCCAUGAUUGCUCUCAUUGUCAUCGGCAUCAUCAUCAUUCUCACCAUUGUGCUCAUCAUCCUGAAGACGUACAACCGGCGGACACAUACAUCCAGACUCAUGGGGGACAGAACAGGUUCCAAACCUCGUCCACGAGCCUCCCACUCCACUGGGAAUGUCCCUCUGAACAUUUUUGGAGUCAGCUCCAUCUCAGGCAGCGUCACUAACAGCACCCCUGUCUCAGAUAUCACCAUCCAGCUGCCCAGAGUGGAGCUCAGUAGCGUGGAGGGAAACCACAUAGAGCAGUUCAGCACCACCAGUGACUACAGCGAGUCCACGGUGGUCACCAUACACGACGUCCCCUCAGUAGAAAACACAUAACACACAGAGAGACCUGUUUGGUUUGUAAGCUGACAUUGACUGAGGUGUUCCUGACCAUGCUCUGUGCUGCUGACUGAAUCUCGAGGGGAUCUGUGAUGAUGCCAAUCAUCCGGCUCCUGUUGGGCAGGCUGAAAAAAUAUGAACAAAAUGGUAUCAGGCAUGUUUAAAUGUGAAGGAUAACGGUUAAAGAAGAAGUGCUUUUUUUAGUUCAUGUCAGUGUUUAUAGUAAGCAUGCCAUUGCUCUACUUUAAUAAGAUUAAAUAACAUGCAUUAAUGCAUCAGUCUGCUAUGAAAUGUCUCAAAAGUUGUAUUUUUACAUUACUCCCUUGAUUGUGCAUCUUCUGCAGUAGGUCUGUUUCUGUGUCUGCAGAAAAUUGGUCACUGUGUUCAUGCCACCAAGCAGAAAAACACACCAUUUACUUAUAAUAGGUUUACAGAGCAACGUAGACAUAUAAGAGUUAUGAGAGAAGACAGCUUUCAGUGUAGCGUAUUCAUUAAUGACUGACUUGCGUAAUUUAUUUUUAGUUUUGUUUUGUUUAGUUUCAUAAAUCUGGUUUACUUAGUAUAAUUUUGUCUUUGUUUUUAUAUUAUAAUUAGUUUUGAUUGUAAAAAAUGUAUCAGUAUGUGUUUUGUAACUGCAAGAAGUAAAGAUGCAAUGAAGGCAUAAUGUUUAAUAUCUGUCAGCAAAACCCUUUGAUGUGAAUUAUUUUGAUUUGACAGAAGUAUUGCUGCACUUUAUUUUUACUGCUUGUGUUUUAAUUCUUUUGGGGAUCUUUAUUAAAUGAUUGGUACAAAAAUAAAAUGGAAUAUUUUUAACCAGGGCUCAUGCUUUUGUUUUCAUCAGUAUUCAAAUGAGAUCAGUAUGUAGAAAACAAGCAUCGUUUUAAAAUUUUUACUGGUCCAAAAAAUGAAAUUAAACAGGAUCAAUACAUAUUAUAAUGCAAGAGGCUAAGCUUAUAUAUUGAUAUUUACACAGAAAACAACUAGUUAACAGUGAUUGAGA